CCGGUACAUCAUUACAUAUCUAUGGAGGUUGCGCAAUCUCAUGCCUCAUAGACCAAACUGUGCAAACCAUUGCACAAUCACAGCACUGAGGUUGACAGUACAUGUACACUGGGAAACACCGUCUCUAUAAGCCUGACGUGUACAACUGACUCUGAGUAUAUAAAGCCCCCUGCAUUCUAGAACAGCCAGGCAUUUGGGAUCUACAUGCAUUUCACCCAACUAGCACUCUGCAUUCGUACUGUAAAUUUCCUAUGACUGGGUUUGUGUUUAAACCUACCGGUCUACCACUGACUGCUACCUUCAUGAUGGAAUUCACCAAAAACAAAGCAGUAACCUUGGAGGAAAUGGAGUCCCCCAAAGGGCAACUAAUGGAAAUCACAGCCGAAUCAGUCUUGGAUAUGCUAACUCAAGACCAUCUCAAGUGUCAUAUCUGCCUUAACACCUUCACAUCUCCAACCUAUUUGGACUGCCUUCACACAUUCUGCAUACAAUGUCUUGAAGACAUGCGAAGUAACAGCGGCCAUUCCUGCAAUGAACUACACUGCCCCAAUUGCAGAGUCAAGACAUCACUGAUUGGAAGAGGGACAUUGGGGCUGAAGCGUAACUUCAUGAUGGUAUCACUGGUGGAGGAAGUCGCAAGCCAGAAAAAGCUGCUGCGCAUUCAGCAGGGUGCAGUGACCUGUACUCUGUGCAACGAUGAGGCCAGUGCAGUCAUCCAAUGCAGCGACUGUCAGGAGAGGCUGUGCCAAGACUGCUGGAUGCAACAGGAUUCAAAGCACACCGGCCACCAUAUUGACAUACUAGAUCCAACCACAACUGAGAAACCCCCCGUUGUCCCAAAGUGCAGGAAGCAUGAGAGGUAUGAAUGCUGCUUCUACUGCAAAACCUGCCAGGCUUUGAUCUGUGCAAUGUGUGCAGCAACCUCACAUCGAAGCCUAGAACAUGAGCAUCUGGAGAUCGAUGAAGCUGAUGACUUGGCGAGGCAGGAGUUGGGCAUUCUCCGGUCCAGGCUGGAGAAGCGACAGCAAGACUACAUCUCAGCUGUGCAGCACAUCAAGAGGAAUUGUGAACGCACAGAAGAUAUCCUGGACAACACUGUCGCAAAGAUUGAGACGGCUGGUGAAUAUGCAGAGGCAGAAGACGAAGAUCAAGUUUUGGAAACCCUGAUGACAUUGAAACGAGCCAGAGCAAAAGAUUUCUGCAAGGCACUUCAAGUAAUCUCCGCCAAGGUGGAGUGGGUUCAGCAUGUCUAUGACUAUGUCAGCCAGCAGGUGGCUGAUGCAGGCAAGUAUCAACUCCUUCGUCAGAAAGAGGAACUGGUUACAAACAUUGAGGAAACACUCGCCAACACUGACGAAGAACAUCCCUGUUUGGAAGCCACUUACAAUUGUCAAUAUUGAUGUGAAUCCAUAUAGCAAUGGAGUCUACAUAGCAGAAAGUGACCCAUACAGGUACCCAGAUGGGCAUCAUACAUAUUACUGGACUAGAGUCAGAUUGUCAGACAGUAAAUGACUCACGCCAUUGGCUGAUGAUGUCUGCCCUGCUCAUGACAACAAAGCAUACGACUGCCUAACAAAGUGAAUUCCUAUACAUUACUGGCUGCAGAAAGCAAAUUUCAACUUGUUUCAUGUGGAAUGUUUCAGAAAUGGAGAGCCAAAAUAAUAAUGAAAUGCUCUAUAAAAGCUUCACGUAAUAGUACCUGUAACCAACAAUAAUGGCACAGUCAAGCAGUAAAUAUACAGUUCAUGUUGAAAUUAGAGGACAGGCAGAAGUAUAAGUUCAACUACUUAACGCAUGAACAUGUGCAUGCAGAACUAGGGUUGAAGAACUAGGUAAUCUCUCCGUCAUGUGUACGUGAGAAAAAGGAGCCCAAAUCUCUGUAGGCAUAAAUACACCUACUUUAAAAUACACAAGUAUCUCGCCUCGGUGGAAUUAAUCUUAAGUCCUGGUGCAUGUACAUGUACACAUAACUCCCUCGGGGGUAUGUAAAAUCAUACUGAAAUUGGAGGAUUUCGCCCCAUUAGGGUUAAAGACUGAAUGCAUUCACAUACAUUUAACAAAACAAAGAACUGUUUUUCAUGUACAUGUACGUCCACGUAAAAUACAUCAAAAAGGCUGCUCUUCUAAAAUAUAACACUGUUUAGCAUGUGUGCAUGUCAAAAGCAUGCACUGGUAUUAAGAUUAAAGUCACUGUUAAAGAUGUUGCAGAUGUCCAGUAACUUUUGUCAGUAGACCUUUGUUCAGCAUAGACAUAAAUUUAUUACUUGUACAGUGUAAGAAGCGCUGAUAUGACUUUAAUAAACGAGUUUGUUUUACACUCAGUUUUUACAGUAACUGCAGUGAAGCCCUUUCCAUGUUACUCUCUGGGAGUCUGUGUAACAAUUUUGUAUGAUUUAAUAACAUUUCUUACGCUGGGACAUUUCAAUUUUUUUUCAAGUUAGUACAAAAGACAUUUUCUGUACAGUGCUGCACACUUCAAUUUGUAGUACACAAUGAGUGCUGGAGUCCAACAAUUCAAAUGAAUACAUGUACAAUACACCGUAUUGGUUAUUUUAUAUAUUUUAUAUUACGGAUACUGCAAUCAAUCAAGAAAUAUUGGCAAAGCAUUUGUGAGGAUGAUCUCUUGAGUUGAUCGAAUUUUCUUACUGAAGUUGUCCACUUUUCCUGUAGCUAGCCAUUUUGUGUACAUGCAUGCUUGAAAAUAGAAAUUGUCUAUGUAUUUAAAUAUGAAUGUA